AUGGGCAUUUAUGGACGCCUUGCGCCUGCUCCCAUGACGGAAUCGAAAGGAAAAGGGCUUGCAGUUCAGCUGCCGCAGGAUAAGUUUGAUAGUCAACCUUUGUUGACAUCAAAGACACAUGCUGAGAAAUAUGGAGCUUCUCACCUGAAUGUUGAGUCGGAUGGUAAUGUGCGUGGGAGAAGAUGGUCUGAGGAGCCCUAUGCUCGCAAAGACAAUGUUACUCACAAAAGUAAUGCAGCUAACAGGACUCGACAAGGUAGUGAAUACCGGUCUCAAAGGGACAUGAAAAGGACAGAAGAACGAAGGGCGAACAGAGGGAGCCUUACUGGCGUGAGAAGGCGAGGCACUUGUCCCCUUCUUCCGUACGCUUUAGAAGCUCGUGAACAGCGAGCUUCUAAAGCUGGACAUCGUGUGCUGCUCCACACGGGGGAUGACACUCCUUAUGAACAGUCAUCGACAAGUAAUAAUAACUUGCAGGCCUUGUCUAGUUCUCAUCGUGAGGACACCCAUCAGCCAGAGGAGCGCAGGAGUGGAGAGGAAAGGAACACUAAGCGAUUGGCGAGUACCAUUGUUUCUCCCAUGGUACAUGUUUCUCAAGAGGAGAAUGUAACCUUCAGAGAUAAGAGUGCUGCACGAUCACUUACAUUCCCGUCUAAAGGACAGCAAGAAAUCGAGAAGGAUCAGAUGAUUGGGGCAUUACGUGAUAUGGAGGAGCUAGAUACGAACAAGGAUAUGCAGGGACAGGAGGUACAAGAUGAUGAUCUUUUUGAUGAAGAGCUACUGGAGCUAGGUGGCAAGACUUAUGCCUCUAAAGAGAAUAAAUCCUCCACUUCGGCUGCAACGUCUGGAAGGACUAAACACACAAGUAUAGGAAGCACGCAGGGAAGUCAACCGAAGAAAUAUGAGUCCCUCCAUAGAGGUUCUCCAAGGAUGAGACCGAUCAUAUCGAGUUCUCAUAAAGCACAGGGAGAGAAUGAUAAGGAGAAGCGUUCUCGUCGGA